GGACAAGAACAUCGAAUGAUCUUUCGACCACCACAUAACUAAAACUAUAAGUAUACCAUUAACAUGACGACAAGCACAAUCCGACUGGGUACGGCCUCCCCUGGAACCCAGGCUACUACCGCUGAAACCCUAACCCAGCUUGAACACAUCGCCUGGCAGGCCGCCUCGAAGGACAUCGACAUCCUUUUGCUCCCAGAGGCUUACAUUGGGGGCUACCCUCGGGGAACUCACUUUGGCUGCGUCAUUGGAUCCCGGUCUGCAGAGGGCCGCGAUGAAUACUUACGCUACUUCCAAAGCGCCGUUGAUCUGGGUGAUACCGUAGGAGACGGAGCAGGUGCUGGACCAGCUUGGGUGAACAGGGAACUGCCGAGUGAUACCGUGCCAGGGCCGGAUACCGGAGGUGAUCCCAACGAUAUCCCGAACAAACGGGGUGAUGGCACUCGUGAGGAGUUGGAGCGGAUCGCGCUUGAGACUGGCGUAUUUAUAGUUACCGGCCUGAUCGAAAAGACCGGGGGAAGCAUGUAUUGCUCCGUCGUCUAUGUAUGUCCUACAUUAGGUGUCAUCGGGAAGCGGCGGAAGGUCAUGCCAACCGGAACCGAAAGGCUCGUGUGGGCCCAGGGCUCGCCCGCCACUCUCCGUGCGGUCAGCACCAUCAUCCGCGGAGUACGCAUCAACCUCGCAGCGGCCAUCUGCUGGGAGAACUACAUGCCCCUGGUGCGACAGGCCCUGUACGCGCAGAACAUCAACCUCUACCUCGCCCCGACUGCCGAUGGCCGGGACUCCUGGCUCUCCCUCCUGCGCACGGCAGCCAUGGAAGGCCGCUGCUUCGUUCUCAGCUCCAACAUGUGCGUGCGGAACACACCAGCCCCCAACGGCCACGCCGCAACCCCCACCAAUCCGGACCAAGCCGACGAACCCGACGGCAUCGCCCCCGAUGCAUUACCCCCGGCCCGCGCGGGGCCACAUCACCGACGCAGCUCAUGCGUGACGGAAGAAGGCUUCGAAAUCGCGCUGCCCGGUGCAGCACCAACCCCAUCACCACUCUCGCAUGAACCGCACCACCGCCGCCGCCGCCUCUCCGUCCUCGACCAAGACGGCAACGAAAUCGUCCUCCCCUGCUCCCCGCCCUCGCCCACCUCCUCCUCUUCCAAACCCCGAGUCAGACGCCGCUCCGUGCUCGACGACGACGGCAACGAGAUCGCCCUCCCCUGCUCUCCACCCUCCCCCACCACCACCAAACCAACCACCCACCCCCCACCGGUCCCAAUCAAACCAACCAACUUCCCCAAACCAACAUUCACCUCCCGCGGCGGCUCCUCCAUCGUCUCCCCCUUCGGGGACGUGCUGGCCGGCCCGCAGUGGGAAGACGACACGGGGCUGAUCUACGCCGAUGUGGACUUUGCCGACUGCAUCCGGGGCCGGCUGGACCUGGACACUGCGGGGAGUUAUUCGCGGAAUGACUCGUUCAAGUUCGCUGUGCAGGGGCUGGAUUUGACGCCGCUUCCUUACUGAGUGGGACUGAGGAGGGGAGGUGUACUCGUUGUAAAAGGGAAGGGGGGUGAGGGUACAUCUGUGGCAGGGUGGGUACGUGAGAUGGUCGUGGCAGGGUGGGUGGAUGAGUCUGUACCUGUGGGGUUGGUUGUGCUUGUGGUCGGGUUAUUGUGUCUGGCUUUUGGGUCAAGCAAGGCGUGGGGGAGGGGCAGGUUAGGGAACCAGAGGUGGUCUGCGUUGUAUCACGGAGAAUCCCGCCCCUGCGCAGUACCCUUUCUUUGUAUACCUAGGUAAUGACUGAAAAAAGCAGAUUGUGUACGCCUAGGGAAACUCGACAGUUGCACGAGCUCAAGUCGUUGCCG